AUGGAAUACUUCAGUGGCUCAAAAAAACUUUUAGCAUUUGUUGUAGAAGAUUGGAAACUCCUUUUAAUCCUGACAAUAUUAUUCGGUUUAUAUUUCUAUUACACGAGUACCUUUGACUUUUUCGAGAAAAAGGGCAUCCCAUAUAAAAAACCUGUAAUAUUAUUAGGUAAUUUGGGUCCCAGGCUAAACGGGACCAAAUCUUUUCACGAAUUUCAGCUAGAUGCGUAUAAUUACUUCAAAGGAAGCCCAUAUGGUGGACUUUUUGAAGGAAGGAGACCAAUGUUAAACAUAUUGGAUCCAGAUUUAAUUAAAGCUGUAACAAUCCGUGAUUUUGAUCACUUUACUGAUCGCAUCACCCUUAAUGCCAAGACUCCAAGGUUUUUAAGUCGGUCCCUGCUCAACUUAAAGGGACCUGAGUGGAAAAGCGUAAGAAGUACGUUGACGCCCGUAUUCAGUUCAUCUCGUUUAAGAAACAUGUUGCCGCUCAUUGAGUUGUGCUCCAGCGAAUUAGUGGAUUUCUUAAAAAAAUAUGAUAAGAAAGACGUUGAGAUGAAGAAAACAAUAGGACAUUUCACCUUAGAAGUAAUCGGCGCGUGUGCCUUUGGUAUCAAAGGUGACUCUUUAAGUGAUGAGAAUGCACACUUCUUUACUGUGGCUGAGAAGUUUGAUUACAUGCCGCUACACAAGCGAAUUUUCUUGUUCUUCAUUUUAAUAUUUAUGCCUACGGUGAUAAGAUAUUUAAACUUUUCCUUCCUUAAUUUGGAAUCUACCACGGAGUUAAUGGGGAUAUUAAAAGCAGCUAAAGCAGAAAGGAGUAAAUCUGACGCGAAUCACAGCGAUUUUCUUCAGAUCCUAAUAGAUGUUGCAAAAAAAGAAAAAUCAGAAAGUGAUAGUACAAAAUCUGAAGUGCAUUUGGAUGACGACACGAUCGAUGCGCAAUGCUUGUUGUUCCUUAUAGCUGGUUAUGAAACCUCAAGUACUUUAUUGUCUUUCGCCAUUCAUGUACUGGCUACAAAACCGGAGCUGCAGACGAAACUUCGAGAACAUGUCAUAGAAAUAACCGAUGGAAAGAAAAUAGACUACGAUCUCCUCACGCAAUUAAAUUAUCUCGAUGGAUUUUUACUUGAAACUUUACGUGUCUAUCCACCGGUGGCUAGAGUAGACAGAGUAUGUACAAAGCCUUAUAUAUUACCUGGAACUUCUGUCCACGUAGCGGUUGGUGACAUAUUGACUAUACCUUUAUAUGGAAUUCAUAUGGACCCUGACUAUUACCCGGAACCGCAGGAAUUCAGACCAGAAAGAUUUAUGAACGAAGAAAAAAAGAACAGAGCUUCGCAUUUAUAUUUAGCGUUUGGCGCUGGUCCCAGGAAUUGCAUUGGUUUACGAUUCGCCAUGUUAUCGGCAAAGCUUGCGAUGGUCUCACUGUUGAAGAACUUUAAAUUUUCUGUGUGCGAUAAGACUGUGGAUCCUAUACAAUUUCAUAAAAGAGCAAUCUUACUCAAAGCAAAGGAUGGUUUGUGGGUUAAUAUUGAAGCACUAUAG